CAGGGCAGAAUCGCAAAUGCGAUUAUUCAGAGAGCCUUCGUCGAGUAUCAAGAAGAUGACAAUCCCACAAAGUGCAACAAGGUCCGCUGCACCUACUGUGGUUCAGUCCGCGCUAAGAACACGACUCGUCAAGUUGAGCAUCUGCAGGAGUGUCAAGCAUACCUCAGCUCUCCCGACUACGUCGAGUCCCUGAACGACGUCGACAACUCCCAGCUGGACGAGGGCAAUACCAGCCUCAUGUCUGGGAUCAACAACUCACCCCUACAGGCCACACCCAACUCGGCCCAGAGAAAUCAGUUUUUGAUGGGCAACAGGCCCAACCCAGGUCUCCAGGUCAACCGUCGCGGACCUAACAAGCGCACUCGGGAUGGCCAGGUCAAGCCUGGCCAACGCGCCAUGCCUCCUCCUAUCGCUCCCAACCCACCCGCUCAGACCCCAAGUCUUGCUGCCUACCUCUUGACUCAGAACGCUGCUCCUUUCACAGCUGCAACCCAAACAUCCUUCCUCUCGCAUGCUGGUUGCGGCACCCUCAGUGCUGGCGCAAUGGGCCAGUGGCUGGCACAAGACUCACACAUCUCCCGCGGUUACAUUGCCUUUGUCGGCCAGCUCAUUGGCAAGAUCCGCCUGCCCAUCGUCGCGAACUCACAAUCACACCCUCUUUAUCGAGCUAUGGACUUGCUAAUCAGUGCCUUGAACAAUGUUCGAAGAGAGAUGAGCUUCUUCGAAAUCACCGCUACCAAGUACAACCUACAGGUGCCAAAAGAGGAGCCUAACCCAAUCACAAGAAGCUUCCUCGACUUGUUCGUGUCGGCAAGUUCGCCUGCUGCAAGUUUGCUUGAGGGGGCUGUCGUACUCUGGGCUAUCGAGCAUUGUUACCGUGCUUCUUGGUCAUAUGCUGCUAGCUUCUCAACAGGUCUCCACCAGCCCAUCCUGCCAUACUCUUCCAACGGUGACUCGCACAAUGCUGCUCUUCAUCAGUCACUGAUUCCAAACUGGACAUCAGCUGCAUUUGCAAAGUUCGUGGACGCCUGUAAGGCUGUCGUUGAUGAGCUCGCCAAUGCCGAGACUUCGCCUAAUGGUCGUGAGCAAAUGUCCAGGUGUCUCAGUGCAUUCAACCAAGUUCUCUGGCUUUGGGAACGCACCUGGCCAUCAGUCGAUGGUAUGGGUGAGGAGAACGAGAGC